AACUUGGAGGCAAAUCAAAGCACCUGCAUCCCCUUGUAAAGCAACAUCCACAAGCAGCACCGUAACAACCUCCUUCCAAUUCAAUAAAUUGGGUGGCUCAGCCUCCCCUUCCCUCGGAAAAACAACCUCCUCCAAGCUCCUUGUGCGUGCAUCACACACGCACGCACGCGCGCGCACACACAGAGAGAGAGGUAUGGCACUGGCAGGGGACGUGGUGGGCCCCGUUGCGGGGAAGCUGUCAACCGCCGCCAUCAAUAAGCUGGGACCGCUGCUAGGGGUUCGGGAUGGCAUAAAGUCCAUCGAAGAUGAGCUGAAUAUGAUGAAGGCUUACCUAAGGCGUGCUGAGGAGAGUCAGGACGCUGACCCGCGUGCAAGGGCCUGGACGAAACAAGUGCAGGAAUUGGCCUACGAUGCAGAAGAUUGCAUCGAUGAGUUCAUGUUUCAUCUCAGCCAGCCGACUGCGCGCGGCCUUGCAGGUGGCCGGCAACGUUGUAUGCGCUUCCUGCGCACUUUGAAAGAACGCAAUCGGAUAGCUAAUCAGAUCCAGGUUAUCAAAUCUGGAGUUAAGGAUGCCACCCAGAUGAGGUGGACCUAUAAUAUCAGCGAGACCACCCAAGGAGUCGAUCCAAGCUCCAAUGUCGCCACCAUCCCUGCUCCACUGGAUCCUCGAUUGGCCGCUCUCUUUGUUGAGGAAGCGGAGCUGGUCGGUAUAGACGAGCCCAAAGAAACGCUAAUUCAGUGGUUGACCACAGAGAAUGAGCCUCAUCUCAGUGUGACUGCGGUGGUCGGCAUGGCUGGGUUGGGCAAGACCACUCUCGUUAGGAAGGUCUACGAGAGUCUGAAGCUCAGCGGCCAACAUUUCCAAUGCUGUGCUUGGAUCACCGUCUCCAAAUUUCAAAUCGUGGAUCUUCUGAGAGACAUGAUUCAUGAGCUCCAAAAUAUUCCUCGACAGCAAACGGACUCUCUCGAGCCUGAGGAGCUGGUUGGAAAGCUCGAAGACCACCCUAAGGACAAGAGGUAUCUGAUCGUUUUUGAUGAUAUAUCGGACACGAAUGUAUGGGAAAGCAUCAGGCAUGCAUUACCUGAUAGCGAAAAUGGUAGCAGGAUCGUGGUAACUACUCGGAUCGAAACAGUUGCAAACACUUGUCGCUCUACCUUCCACGGUACUGGUCGUGUCUACAAACACAAACCUCUCUUACAAGAACAGUCCUGGAAUUUGUUCAGCAACAGAGUGUUCAAGAACUGCAAGGUAUGGUGUCCUCUAGACCUCAAGGAAUUGUCUGAUGCUAUUCUCGAGAGAUGUGGGGGGCUACCACUAGCCAUCGUUACUAUAGCUGGUCUGCUAGCAAGCAAGCUCAACAAGACGAGGGAGGAAUGGCAGAGAGUGACCGAUCGCCUUCCAUUCGUGCUGGAAAACGAUUCUGACCUCCAGGGAUUGAAGCAAAUACUGAACCUCAGCUACAACGACUUGCCUUACGACCUCAGGUCUUGCUUCUUGUAUCUAAGUAAAUAUCCAGAGGACUACGAGAUCAGGCGUAGGAAUGUGGUGGAACUAUGGGUGGCCGAAGGGUUUGCAAGAGGCGAGGAGGUUGCGGAGCGAUAUUUUGAUGAGUUAAUCAAUAGGAGUAUGAUUCAACCAUCCAAGGUCAGCUGCGAUGGGAAGGUGAAGAGUUGUCGAGUCCAUGAUGUGAUGCUCGAAGUCAUAGUUUCCAAGUCAAGAGAGCAAAAUUUAGUUUCUCUGCUCGGCGAGCGCGGCACAGCAUCAAUGACGUCGGAACAAAAGAUUAGGCGUCUUUCUGCCCAUGCAGAGAGCCAUCUCGAAGGCACAAAAUUAUCUCAUGUCCGAUCAAUAACCAUGUUUGGAUUUGUCAAAGUACCAUCUGAUCUUCCUCGAUUGAGGCUUUUGAGGAUUUUGGAUCUGGAAGAAACGUCGUUGGAAGAUCAACAACUUGAGUGGAUAGGUAAAUUAGUUCGCUUGAGGUACGUGAAUAUUUAUUUGUGGCCUCCUUGUACGGUCCCCAAGUCUUGGGAGAAUCUUCGCGAGCUAGAAACACUCAACAUCAGACCUGGAGCGGAACUCACGACGGUCCCCAGGCUCCAAAGACUACGUCAUCUUCGGGGAUCGGCUCUCUAUUUCCCCAACGGAGGAAUGGCGAAUCUGAAAGCCCUGCAAGAACUGGGAGACGUGUUCUGUGGAGAAGACCGAGGCCAGAUGAUAGAGGAGCUAGGGGAGCUGACUCAACUCAGACACUUAAGCCUGAUUCAAGUCGCACCCGAGAACAUGUUGCGUUUGUCUGCAUCUCUUGCAAAGUUGAACAGCUGCCUCCGCUCUUUGAAAAUACACGUGAUGGACCAGCCAGACCUGUUUGUUCGCCUGAACUCUCUAUCCCCUCCACAGCUACUUCAAAAGCUGGUACUAUCUGGGCCUCUGAAAAAGUUGCCUAGUUGGGUUGCCUCCCUGAAAGAUGUGGCUAAGAUUACACUAGGUGGCACUGAAUUGCAGGAUGAUGACAUAAAAGCCCUUCAAAAUCUACCCAAUUUGGUCCAUCUCGAACUGACAUCCAAUUCCCAUGCUGGACGGGACUUGUGUUUUGGCGGGGAAGGAUUCCCAAGUCUUAGAAUCCUUGUUCUUGGAGGGCCUGUAUCCAUGAAAUCAUUGACAUUCGAACAAGGAGCAGUGCCUAAUCUCCGGAGACUUGCUUUGAGAUUUGGCAAAUGGUUCCAGGGCGAUUUGUCUUCCAGCGAACUAGUUUAUGGACGCGAACACAUUCCUGGGGUCAAGGAAAUUGCCUACCGUCGUCGCUCUGGAGAUUCUGAAGAUUACAACCAUCCUCGAUUUCGUAUCAAUCCCACUGAUUAGUUUUCCUCAAAUAUACAAGUUGUUGACGCCCUCUGGGUGUCCUUUUCUGGGUGAAAUAAUUUCUCUUUUCUUGGCUGUAAACCAAUCCAUCCUAAACAUCCUAAUUCAGCCCCCAUGUAAUCGGUUCCCGCCCAACUCAAUAUAAUUGAUGCAGUGCAUAUGAUACAA